ACGCUAGAGCCCCCAAGGAGUCAUCAGCACCGAGAGAGAGAGAGAGAGAGAGAGAGAGAUAACGAAGAAGCUGCACAAAAAUGGUUGUGGCCAUCCAGACCAAGCUUCUCUCCUUUGCCAUAUUGUGUCUCCUUUUAAUCCGGGAUUAUCAGUUGCUCUCACCAUCUCAAGCACAAGCUGCCCGGAUGCUUGAUGAGAAUCCUCCUCAUCAUGGUGAUAAUGAGAGUGGUAAGAGUAAAGUAGGAGGAGAUCACCCAAAGCCAGCCGGUUCCCAUGUCGGUGGCACUCCGACAUCGUCCCAUUCCCCGAAUCCAGCUGGUUACGGGAUCCACAGUACUCGGAUGACGUCCUAUCAGAACCGUAACUACAUACCCACUGGUGAGACUGCUGAAAGCCCAGAUUUUGCCAGAAGUGCGCCAGCAGAUCCAGAUCCUCUGGAAGCGGAUCAAGAUCCUCUGGAGGCGUAUCAUUUCAAUUGUACACUUUGUGAUUGAUUAAUCAUUGACAGGAAAGUUUUGGAGUACUUGUGGAUAACAUUCAAAUCGUUUAUCCACAACAUAUAGUUUAACUGAAUUUAUAAAUAAUCCAGUUAUUUUA